CUUCCUCCUCCUCCCCGUCCCCCUUGCACCAGCUCGCUGCUUGUCUCGACUACCCCGCGUUGGAGGCACUAGGAGUACUUCAGCUCUGUAUUGAAAUCUGUGCCGAACAUACAGAGCGAGCAUACGCGUCAUUCUCUGAAGUCCGUCAUGGACGCUAACGAGAGCAAUCUACAAGAAUCAAGUACCAUCUCACAUCCUGGGCCGAGCGGUUCUGGCUCAGCAUCGAAGGCACUGCUCGCGGGUAGUCGGCCCCCUUCCCCGCAUCACCCGCAACCCGUCAAGCCCUCCGAGGGAGAGCUUCAAGGCCAAGUAGGCCAUGCAGUACCAACAGGGGAUCAUGAUUACUCUGGGGCGGGAGGUUCGGAGCGGCCACUCAACGUCAGCGACGCCCUCGGUUAUCUCGACCAGGUCAAGAUGCAGUUCUCCGAGCGACCAGACGUGUACAACAAGUUUCUGGACAUCAUGAAGGACUUCAAGAGCCAGCUCAUCGACACCCCAGGCGUUAUUGAGCGCGUGUCUAAUCUCUUCCACGGGCAUCCGUCCCUGAUCCAAGGAUUCAACACUUUUCUUCCCGCCGGCUACCGGAUCGAGACCACAUCCCAUCCCGACCCCAACUACAUCACCGUCACAACGCCUGCGGGUACUACGACGCAGGCUACAAACAGCGUUUUCAACUACGGUGGAAACGCCGAACACGCCCCCCUACCCCCGCCGCCAGCUAGCCAUGAACCGGAGGCACCCAUAGUGUCGCAAGAAACCCUGAAGCCCGCCCUCGACUAUGUCACCAAGGUUAGGACGCGAUACGCAAACGAGCCGGAGAUGUACAGGAAGUUCCUGUCGAUUCUCUCGGAGUCUUCCGGGACGAUGCAAGAUCACAAGGAUAUCCGCGGGAUGGAGUCGUGGUCGGUGGCGUGCUUGUCGGCCAAGUAUCCGCAGGGCGAGACGUUGCGCAAGAUCGGCGUGUUGCUGCAAGACGCGCCUGACUUGAUGCGUGACUUCAUACAGUUCUUGCCGGACGAGCAGACGCAGAAAGACGAGCUCGCGCGCGUCGCGAAGCUGGAGGAGCAGAGGAAGGCCGCGGAGCCGAAACCGAAGAGAGGCGGCGGCGACGGGCACGCGUCAUCUUCUACCGCCGUCCCCCAGAAGAGGAAGAGGAAAGUUGCAGAUCGCGACAAGGAGAAAGAGCUUCCUGCGAAGAGCAGCGCAAACAAGAAGACGAAAGUGCAAGCGUCGAGCGAGGCACCUUCACCGGCUUUAACUCAGCGGCAGGCCGUCCCUCCGCCUUCUCCACCCCGCGCGCCGCCUCAGCCGCCUCCACAGGCGUUCUACCCUCAGCACCAGCAGCCCAUGCCUCUCCCCCAACAUCUCCCGCAGCCCAUUCAGCAAUCAAAUUCGCUUCAUCCCAGCGACGACCGACAUUUCUUCGAGCGCGUCAAGCGCGCGCUCGAUAACCGCGACACGUACAACGAGUUCCUCAAACUCGUCAACUUGUUCACGCAGGACAUCAUCAACACCACCCGUCUUGUGCGGGAGGCGAGGUCAUUCCUGGGUGAUGGCGAGUUGAUGGCGCAGUUCAAGGCUAUCCUUGGCUGGGAUGAGCGCAAGGACUGGAUCGCGGCUGAGGAGGAGGCGUGGACUCGUCCUAUGGGAGCGCUGGAUCGGCCCAGUCGGGAGCAGCUGCAUACGCGAUAUGGGAGCUACAGGAAACUUCCCGCCCACGAGGUCCACGUGCAAUGCUCCGGCCGCGAUGAGAUGUGCAAUGCGGUGCUGAACGACGAGUGGAUCUCGCAGCCCACGUUCGCGAGCGAGGACGCAGGCUUCAUCGCACACAAGAAGAACAUCUACGAGGAAGCCCUACACCGUAGCGAAGAGGAGCGACACGAGUAUGACUUCCACAUCGAGGCCAUUCAUCGCACGAUUCAGGUCCUGGAACCGUUGAACAACAAGAUCGCGCAGCUCACGCCCGAGGAGCGCGCCAACUUCAAGCUGAAGCCCAACCUCGGUGGCGUUGGGAAGGCGAUUCACCAGCGCGUGAUCAAGAAGAUAUACGGGCGCGACCCGGGGCUGGAAGUCUGGACGGCAAUGCAGGAAGUGCCGGCGACGGCGAUCCCAGUGGUGCUCACCCGCUUGAAGCAGAAGCACGAGGAAUGGAAACGUGCGCAGCGCGAGUGGGACAAGGUGUGGCGCGAGGUCGACCUGCGCAACUACCACAAGUCGCUCGACCACCAGGCGGUGACGUUCAAGGCCGCGGACAAGAAGGCGGUCACGCAGAAGGCGUUCGUGUCGCAGAUCGAGGCCGCGCGCGAUGAGCAGCGGGUGAAGCGGGCGGCGCUCAUCGACCCGCUGUUUGCUCGCACGAAGCCGCGGCACCAGCUCGAGUUCGUCGUGGAAGACACUGCGGUGCUGCAGGACACGCUGAAACUCACGUUCUCGUUCCUGGACCGCACGCAGGGGCAGAUCGCGCUCGUGGACCGGAAGAAGAUCGAGACGUUCCUGCGGUCGUUCGUCCCGUUAUUCUUCAUGCUCGACCCUGUCGCUUUCAACGCCGCGUUUGUCGCCCACCAUGAGUCUAUGGACGGUGAUGGGGAGGCGGAGGAAGACGUUGAGAUGAACGGUACUAGCGGAGGCAGUUCUCGGUCCAGGAAGAAGGGCGGAGGUGGUAACGCGGGCGAUCUGCGGAAGCGGUUGCUGAAGAGCGAGCAGGCCAAGUCUAGCCGUCGUACGAGAGCUCAGGAGGCCGCUUCCCCCACCCCUUCCCGCUUCGCAUCCCCAGUGCCAUCUGACCCCAUGCAGCUCGAUGGUGAGCCUGUCAAGGGAGAGAACGGGGUUGCCUCUGGCGUUCGGCUAGAUAAGAACCCUUCGCGACGACGCGGUAGCUUCUUCACCAACACCGCUUUCUACGUCAUGCUGCGACUGCUGGAGUUGCUCUACUCUCGACUCCAGCUCUUCAAGAACAUUACCGCAGAGUUAGUAGCGAAUGGCACGGAUCCGAUGGAGCCAAAGCCUUCUCUCGUCUCGAAGUUGAUCAAGGACGACCUUGCGAAAAUGGGCGACCGCAUCAACCACGCGUCGCAUUACUAUGACCUGAUGUUGGAGUCCUGCGAGAAGUUGUUCGACAAUGAGCUCGAGCAGCACGCCUUUGAGGAGAUUACGCGGUACCUGUUUGGCCUGAAGCAUGCAUACAAGCUGUUCACCGUGGACAAGGUCAUCGGCGCCUUGAUUAAGCAGGUUCAAGUCAUCCUGUCGGAUCCUAAGAGCCAAGAGCUGUUCGAUCUCUUGCGGCGAGAGCGCGAAAUCACCUCUCCAACAACUCAGGACCUUAUCAACUGCCGUCGGAAUACUGAGCGCGUGCUUGGUCCUGAUGAGAACUUGUUCCGCGUGGACUGGCUCCCGGAGCCUAGGACGAUGACGAUCCAGCUCAUAGGCAAAGAUGACAGCACUUUUGACGACUCGGAAGUCCUCACUGGGCGCUGGCAGUCAUACAUCGAGUCCUUCGUUUCGCAUCACUACACUGCAGGUGUGCCUUCCUCGUCCACUAUCCGCCGUCCAUUCCUCCUUCGUACGAGAUUCCCCGCACCUUCCGGUGAAAUGCCCGACAUUCUCGCCCGCGGCAGGCUCCAGAUCAAGGUCUGCGUGCGCACCUACCGGUUCUUCUUCGUCCCGCCCUCCGAAGAUGUCAUGAUUCGCCUAUCCUCUGUGCAAGAGCGCGCGGACGCACGUGUGCUAGUUGAACGGCGUACUGCGAAGCGCAAGAAGUGGAUGGAGGACUACGCGAGCAAGAUUGCGGAAGAACAAGAGCCCAUCGUCAAGGAUACCAAAACGCCUUCGCCGUCCGUCGCCCCCACGACUGGGGAGGAUGCGACUCCUGCAGUGGAGGAAGCACCAAUGCAGGCAGAGACUACCCCUUCGGCGACGGAGACACCAGUGGCUCCCGCAGAAGAUACUCCCGCUCCCACGAGCGGCGUAGUCGAGGUUGAGAUGGAUGUCGAGAAGGUGCCGGACCCGCAACCACAGGCCCUGCCCGAACCCGUCUCGGAAGCGGAAGCUACAGCGCAUGUCGUUCCAGAAGAUGACGUCGCAGAAGCAGCGGCAGCUGUCGCGGCAGUCAUCGCUUCCGCCGUACAACCCGACCCGGAGGACGUGCCCAUGGCCGAAGCGGUAGAGACGCCAGUGGUGGUACCAACGAACGAGCCGGGUCCCGCACCUGCACCUGCACCAGCUCCUGAGCCUCAGCCCGUGUCGCCAGAACCCGUCGUUCAGGACGUCGGCCCGUCUGCGGUCUCGUCGGAGCCAACAACAACGCUACCGCAACCACCCUUCGCUCAGCCAUCGGAAGCUAAAGUACCUGUGCCUGCGCCUCUGCCCGUGCCGCCAGCACGCGCAGAGCCGAUAGCUACACCCGUAGCCGAGGCACCUAUCUCAGCACCAGUGGAAGCAGAAGUGCCCGCACCGGCAACGGCCCCGGUCGCUCCAAUCGUGGAAGCAGUCCUCGCAGCGGCGAGUAUCGCAGAGCUCGAACCAACCCGACCCUCGGCUCCCGCACCACCGACACCCGUAGAGCCCGCCGCUCCUCCGCCCCCACCCCCAACAUCGGCCGCCCCUGAUGUUCCCCCUUCAUAACUCGUCAACACGGACGGUUGCGCUUCUCCACCGAGGUUGUUGAUACCAAGUCUCCUUAUAUACUCUCUGUCUCUCAUAGCUCUCUUCCC